GAUUUCCCGUUGCAUUAUCACGCUAGGGUCCAUCCGAGAUAUCCACUGCUCAUCCUCCCAUCUGCCAAACACACUGUCGAUCAUCUCCACCAUGUCGCAUCUCCAUGCAUCUCGCUCCUUGGUACGUGCCGCCGGCGGCCACCCAACCCCCAAGCGAUCCUUCUCCAUCGCCAUCCCGGCUCGUAGGGAAGGCGAAAUGGCAUAUCCCAAGCCUCGGGGCUUUCUAGCCGAAAAGGGUCCGUUCACCCACCGGGAUGUUGCCCGUGAGGGCAAGUUUGCUCGCAACCAGGAGGCCGAACAGAUGCGGGCCCUGCGGCAAAGGUUGUCGGAACAGCGAGGACGCAUUGACGAGUUGGAGAACUACAUGUCCCAAUCGAGAAUUCGCUAGACCAGGCACAGUGGACCACCGCUAAGAGCGCUAGGCCCGGCAGCCACAUCACCAUUCGCUCAUUCGCGCGCCAUUCGCGCCCCGAUUCUCCUUUUCGCAUAUUUUUCUGUCUGAUACCUCCGUCUUUAUUUCGGUUAUUGGUUGCAUACUCGAAAAGCAACCCAUCUCUGGGAGGGAUUCAAUGAACCCUCACCACGGUCAGGGAUUUCGGGUUGGAUCUCACGCUGACGACGCCACGGAAUCGCACCUGGCCCCCAUCAUUCCCCGCGCCGACUGUCCAGCAGGACUGAUGAGAGUGGCGGAAGGGGGACCUCGAGCAUUGCAUGUAUAUGUAUAUAAGAAUUGCAUGUGUAGUUAUAGAAUGAGACAUGAACUUGAAAUAUA